AUGCGCUGGGUCUUCGCCAUCGCUGGAUCAACACAGCUGACUGAGUGCUGGUCACCCACCAGAUGGAUGGUUGCUGUCCUGGACCAGAGGUUUAUGAAGGUGAUGAAUUACAUCACAAAGUUGAGGCAGAGCCAAGACCCGGGAGACACGGUUGAAUUUCUCCGGCCUUGUUUCAUACAUUAUGCCAUCGCCAUAGACAAGGAACAUGUCGUCCAUCUGACAAGUGCGGCUCCAGAGGGUUCCCCCCAUAACUGCUCAUCCGACACGGACCCCACAGCAGAAGUGAAGAUCGAACGCCUCUCAGUCGUGGCGGGAAAGUGCAAGUACCGGAUCAAUAACAAGUACGACAAAAGAUAUGAGCCCCGGCCACCGAAAGAUAUCGUCCGUAUCGCAAAGGCCAAGGCGGGACAGAAAGGGAGGCACAGCCUGUUUCGGAAUGACUGUGAAGAAUUUGCCACCAGAAUGCGCUACGGCGUCCCUAUCACUGGACAGGUUUGUAGAGGUGGCUUAGGUAAACCUGGGGCUCAGAAAAGACAGGGAAGGAAGCAGGCAAACCUUCGCUCAGUGUUUUGAUAACAAACUCUCCAUGCAAAAGGCGGUCCCAGUUUCCAUUCCCUGCAUCUCACGGAGACACCGGAAAGGCGCCGUGUGG